GAUUGGUCUCAUGAGAGAUGGGCAGCUUAUAGCUGAAGAUUCGCCAGCUCAACUGCUGUCAGCAUAUGCUUGUAGGCAUCUAGAAGAUGUUUUCCUAAAGCUAGCUAGAGAGCAACAAACCGUUGAAGCUACACCUAAAGAUAAGCAUAUUGAAAAGAAAGCGUCUUCAAAAGGAGUUUCCGAAGGUCAAGGUUCAAAAGAUAAGGAUUACGGGUGUUGCGGUAACUUCCUCUACGACGUGAGGCACUUCACUAAUCCUAGGAGUUUCAAGGCAAUAAUGUUCAGGAACCUAUUGCGCCUAGUCAGGAACUUCCAGGCGCUGCUCUUCAUUUUUCUCCUACCAGUAAUCCAGGUAGUACUGUUCUGCUACUGCAUUGGUAACGAACCAAGAGAUCUGCCUUUAGCCAUCGCUAACAAUGAGGUAGAGUACGUGAGUCCAACAGAAACACACUGUACUCAUAAGUUGGUAUGCUCGGUAAAAAACAAUAUAACUCACAUCGACGAAGCAGAAAGUCUAAGCUGUCGCUAUUUGGAGUACCUCGAGACAUCAGACAGCGUAAAUUUAGGGUACUAUUCAAAUGUGGAUAGCUGUAGAGGAGCAGUAGAAAAUGGUGACGCGUGGGCCUGCUUGCAUUUUGAGGAAAAUUUUACACAAGCCUUGACGUUUCGGAUGCACCAUGCUAUAAGAGGACAGAAUAUUACUGAUAUCCUGCUUGAAGCGAUUUUGGAAGGGAUCACUUUGGAAGAUACUGACAUAAAGGUGUGGCUUGACCAAUCAGAUCAGCAAAUAGCAUAUGUGCUCCACAGAGAACUUCAGGAAAGCUUCAAAAAUUUUACACUUUGGAUGUUAAAAGACUGUUAUGUCCAUCCUAAUGUAGCCAAACCAGUUGUUGGCUUCCAGUCCCCACCUAUUUAUGGCACUGACAGACCCUCUUUUAUGGAUUUUGCUGCUCCUGGAGCUCUCCUUAUAAUCGUCUUCUUUCUGGCUGUAGCAGUGACGUCAUCGGUACUGAUAACAGAGAAGCAGGAAGGACUCUUGGACAGAUCAUAUGUUGCAGGUAUUGGUCCAGCUGAAAUCCUCGUCUGUCACGUUCUGACCCAAUUCAUAAUCAUGCUGGGACAAACAGUCCUGGUUCUGAUCGUAAUGUUCGCCAUCUUCCAACUAAAGUGCAUCGGCAAUCUGACACUCGUCGUGGCCUUGACCUUGCUCCAAGGAUUGUGCGGAAUGAGUUUCGGUUUUCUUAUCUCUGCUGUUUGCACUCAGGAAAGAGACGCUGCUCAGUUGGCGUUGGGUAGCUUCUACCCCACUUUGAUGAUCAGCGGGGUCUUAUGGCCUAUUGAGGCAUUGCCGUGGGGACUAAGAUAUUUUGCUCUACUUAUGCCUCUAACAUUGGCCACAACAGCGAUGAGGUCCAUAAUGCUGCGUGGCUGGGGCUUCGGGUGGUCGGAUGUCUACCUUGGAUUUAUAGCUACAUGCGCAUGGAUCAUGACAUUUCUGAUUAUGACAUUACUGUUUCUUAGACUCAAGAACAAAUGAUUAUUUGAUUUUAAUAAUGACCCCCGGUAAUCAAAAUACGAGCCCAUAAAUUAAAUUAAGAAAUUGUUCAUAAACCACCUGGUUUAGCUACAAACACCUAUUUUUCUCAAUUGACCCCAGUCGCAAGAUUUGCGACGUAGGCGCAAAUUCGACCAAUCGAGAAGAAGGAUUACAGCCCAUCUAGCAUUUUGUUAAAAUUUGAUAUUACCCAAGAAAAAGAUACCAACAUUUGACAAAUUUUAGUGAUCAAUUAUAUCCAUGAAUGAUGUCCUCAAAAGUUGAAUUGUCUUGAGAGUUGAAUCCUUUGUCAAAAAUUGGAAACUG